AUGACUUCUUUUGACUAUGACGCUAUUGUGGUGGGGGCUGGCUUUGCGGGCAUCUAUAUGUGCAAGAAGCUCAUAGACCAGGGCCUGACAGUAAAGGUGAUCGAAGCAGCCCCUGAUGUCGGUGGUACCUGGUAUUGGAAUCGAUACCCAGGCGCAAUGUCAGACACGCGAUCUAUCCUUUACCGAUACUCGUGGGAUCUCGAGGACCUUCGCGAAUACCCUUGGGGCCGCGAAUAUCUGAAGGGGCCAGAAGUCUUGACCUACCUGCAGCACGUGGUUAAGCGACACAAUCUACGUCAAUAUAUGGUCUUCAACACAGCAAUGGAAGCGACGACAUGGAAUGGCGACCAAUCUACAUGGACGGUUUCACUUUCUACAGGCGAGAAACUCAAGGCUCGCUAUGUCGUCAGUGCCGUUGGUAUUCUGUCAAAACAGAACUACCCAGACAUUGCCGGCUUGAACUCCUUCAAGGGCGAGACGUACCACACAUCGAGAUGGCCUGCCACUUAUGACUUCCAGAACAAGAGAGUGGGAGUGAUUGGAAAUGGAUCGACGGGGGUCCAAGUCAUCACGGCUCUGGCAGACCAUGUCAAACACCUGACUUCUUUCCAAAGGCACCCACAGUAUGUCGUACCCGCAGGCGACAAAGAGAUCUCACCAGAGACUCGCCGCGAGAUUGAUGACAAUUGGGACUCCAUUUGGAGUAAAGCAAAGAAUAGCACAUUUGCGUUCGGAUUCAAAGAGAGCACUGUUCCAACAUUCAGUGUCAGCGAUGAGGAGCGCGAACAGAUAUUCGAAAAGGCAUGGCAGUACGGCAGUGGCUUCUACUUCAUGUUCGGCACAUUUUGCGAUAUUUCGUAUAACGAGGAUGCCAACCGGGCAGCUCAAGACUUUAUUAGGGGGAAGAUUGCCCAGAAAGUAAAGGACCCCGUGAAGGCAAAUAAGCUCAUGCCACGGGAUUGGUUUGCACGUCGGCCUCUGUGUGACACAGGCUACUACGAGAAGUUUAACAAGCCAAACGUCGACGUGGUCGACAUCAAAUCGAAUCCCAUUAGUGAAAUCACGCCUACGGGAAUUCGCACUCAAGACGGCACUGAAUUCGAGUUGGAUGCAUUAAUCUUUGCCACGGGAUUUGACGCUGUGGAUGGGAGUUACAAGAAGCUGAGCAUUGUCGGCGCAAACCAGAAGACCCUAGGAGACGCCUGGAAGGAGGCACCAGAGUCCUAUUUGGGCAUAUCCGUCCCAGAGUUUCCCAAUUUCUUCAUGGUGCUGGGUCCGAAUAGUCCAUUCACGAAUAUACCCCCCACAAUCGAGACCCAAGUUGAGUUCAUCAGCGACAUGAUCGAAAAGGCAAACCAAAGUGGCACUAUAAAGAAGAACCAAGCGAUCGUGGAAGCCGAGCCCACAGCAACCAAAGACUGGUGCAAGCAGUGUGACGACUUAAGUGCAGAGAGUUUGUUCCGCAAAACCGAUUCAUGGAUUUUUGGGGCAAAUGUGGCUGGAAAGAAGACAUCGGUGCUGUUCUACUUUGGCGGCUUGGCAAACUAUCGCAAGGCGUUGCAGGAGCUGGUGGAGAAUGGCAACAGGGGGUUCAAACCUUUCUGA